AUGUUCAAAGAUUUGAUUAAACAAUUGGAAGGGUUUCCCAACGUUCGAGAUAUUGGUAUCAUGUUGCAGCCAGCACCUGCUAUGCUCAUUGGAACAAGCACGCUCCCAACUAGACCAACUUUCUUCCGCACAAACACAAUGAAACUCAUUCUAGGUACCUUGAGCUCAUUAAAGAUGUCAUUAUAUCAGCCUUUUGAAGACUUCUAUUACGAAGAUCGCAUACUCGAGGAGCACUUGAUUCAGACCAUGAGCAACUUGCCCGAGCUUCAUCUGGCUGUUAGGACUGAGGCUCUCGAAGUCGAUCUGUUGCAGGGCCCCACGGAGUUAAUUCUUCAGAGGUACGCAAAAGUCGCGUCUAUCAUGCUCAAACCUGCCGUAUCAACUCUUCCAUACUCGUUUUAG